AUGGGGUUCUCUGAGAAGCCACAAGUGGAAGAGUCAGAUAGUACUAGAAAAUGGGUCAUCGCUGGAAUCUCUUUGCGAGCGCCAUUGAAGCCAAUAUACACCACCACCACUGUGGAGAAAGAAGAAGAAGAUCAAGGCGAAGGUGAGGUGGAAGAGUGUUCAACGACACCAAAAGGGGAAGAAGCAAGGAUUCCAGCCACGUCAAAGUGUCCACCAGCACCAAGGAAGAGAAAACCUACUCUGAAGUGCAAGUAUCGUGGUGGAGCUAGAGAGUUCUUCACUCCACCGGACUUAGAAACUGUGUUUAUACGGCAUAUUGAAAGGGCUAAUUGA